UCGCAAAUCCUGCUGGAAAAGCACAAGGCCAGCAUCGAGCAGUUGAUCCACCGCGACCGGAAUCAUCCCAGUGUGAUAAUGUGGUCGAUCGCGAACGAACCUCGCACCGCUUUGUUUGCGGCGGAUGCCUACUUCGAAGCCGUUGCCAAAUACACACGCCGGCUGGAUCCCACACGUCCGGUGACGGCAGCCAUCGCCGUUGGAGUUAACGAUGAUCGAGCGGCAAAGCAUCUCGACAUUAUCAGCUUCAACCGCUACAACGGAUGGUAUUCGAACGCAGGUAAACUGAAUAUGAUAACGAAUCGGGUGAUUGAGGAGGCCCAAGCGUGGAAUAGCAAACAUAACAAACCCGUUUUGAUGUCCGAAUACGGUGCCGAUACGAUGGAGGGACUACACAUGCUGCCGGCCUACAUUUGGUCCGAGGACUACCAGUCGCAGGUCUUCAGCCGGCACUUCCGCGCCUUCGACAACCUCCGGAAGCAGCACUUCUUCAUCGGGGAGUUCGUGUGGAACUUUGCCGAUUUCAAGACGGCACAGACGUACACCCGCGUGGGGGGCAACAAGAAGGGCAUCUUCACGCGUAACCGGCAGCCGAAGGCCGCUGCCUAUUUGCUGAGGCAGCGCUAUCACGCUCUGGCCGAAGAGCUGGACAAGAGCACACUGCCGGACGAUCUCUUCCUCUACACGGCCGAGGACAAACAAUCGAACCGCGGCACCAAAUUCGAACUGUGAACCAAAAUUCCCACCGUGCAAGCGCCGUGUGCUCAGGAACUUCUACAAACGCGCGUUGAUGCAUUGUUGGCUUUACACUUUUACCAGUAGGAAUCUUACGCAAUGAGUAUUUGUUUCGUAUUGUUACAUAUUUGUACAAAGUUUUAUUUAGCUAAAUAAUAAAGAAAAUUUUGCGAUGGUGAGUCUUUUAAAAUA